AUGGCUUCCUCGUCGAGCAACGUUGUCGGCGUACACUACCGCGUCGGCAAGAAGAUCGGAGAGGGUUCCUUUGGUGUCAUUUUCGAGGGCACCAACCUCCUGAACAAUCAGCAGGUCGCCAUCAAAUUCGAGCCGCGUAAGAGCGAUGCUCCCCAACUGCGAGAUGAGUAUCGCACGUACAAGAUUCUUGUUGGAUGCCCCGGCAUUCCCAAUGUCUACUACUUCGGACAGGAGGGUCUGCACAACAUCCUAGUUAUCGACUUGCUCGGUCCCUCUCUCGAGGACCUUUUCGACCACUGCGGCAGAAGGUUCACGAUCAAGACCGUCGUUAUGGUCGCCAAGCAGAUGCUUUCGAGGGUGCAAACCAUCCACGAGAAGAACCUCAUCUACCGCGACAUCAAGCCCGAUAACUUCCUGAUCGGCAGACCAGGCACCAAGGCUGCCAACGUCAUUCACGUUGUAGAUUUCGGUAUGGCGAAGCAGUACCGUGACCCCAAGACGAAGCAGCACAUUCCCUACCGCGAGCGAAAGUCCCUUUCCGGUACCGCCAGAUACAUGAGUAUCAACACCCAUCUGGGCCGCGAGCAAUCCCGACGCGACGAUCUCGAGGCCCUCGGUCACGUUUUCAUGUACUUCCUCCGCGGCGGCCUUCCCUGGCAGGGUCUGAAGGCUGCUACCAACAAGCAGAAGUACGAGAAGAUUGGCGAGAAGAAGCAGACGACCCCCAUCAAGGACCUCUGCGAAGGCUUCCCCGAGGAGUUCAACAAGUACCUGACGUACGUCCGCAACCUCGGCUUCGAGGAUACCCCCGACUACGACUACCUCCGCGAGCUCUUCACACAGGCCCUGAAGAACACCGGCGAGGUCGAGGAUGGCGAGUACGACUGGAUGAAGAUUUCCAAGGACUCAGGCAAGGGAUGGGAUGCCAUGAAGGGCCACAACCCCGGAUAUCUGCACAACCCAAAUGCUCGACCCGGCCCGUCCCAGAUGGAGCUGCACAGCGGCCAUCGGGGCGGUGCUGCGACCCCCCACAACCAAGCACAGAACCUUACUGUCGGCCGUUUAAACGCCGCGCAACCCCCGCCUCCUUCUCCGAUCAAGCAGAUGGCGAAAUCGAGAGGUCAGCCAAACGCCCCCGGCGCAUUGAAUGCGAACCGGGGCAGCGGAGCCGGGGGUCUCCGGGACAUGGCCACUCCCACCGGCUCAACUCAGGCCCAGUUUCAGAACAGCAACCGCAACCUUCCUCAGAACGUCCCUCAGCAAACACCGAUGAACCAACAGCAGGCCCAGCCUAACGGCCGGCCAGCUGAGCCUCAGCCAACAGGCUUCCAAAAGUUCAUGAAGGUGCUCUGCUGCGGUUAG